AUUGCUAGGAACGCGUCCUGCGUUGCUAACGGAAACUUUAAACAAGGAAUUAACUAAAUUGCCAGUUAGUUGUUUGGCUGCAUUGCCGCAUGGCGGACAUGCAUGAGGAUGAUUUGAAAAAUCAAUUGACGAUUGCGCGGAACGAAAUAAACAAUUUGAGGCAGCAAGUGCGCAAUCUGCAGCAUGUGCAGCGCAAGGACAUCGAGACCAUAAGAACAUUACUCCAGGACUUUCGAUGUGAAGGUUGCUCCGCCAAUAACCGUACAGCCAAGGGCAAGGACAAACAGCCCGAAGGACAGCAUACAAAUAUAAAUGGAGUGGCGGGAAGCACUGGCAGUAACGGUCGGGAGGAGUCCACCCAAUUUCGUCCCAUUGGCCUCAUACGCACAGACUUUCCAGAAAAACGGGCGGUUCCACGGCAAUCUAGCGUGGGCAAUCGCCUACGCAGUGUUUUACACCUGAAUUCUGAUGUUUUCACCAAUCCGGAGCACUCACUGGAUGGCUUGGAGGAUUUCUCUCAUCUGUGGCUCAUCUACCAUUUCCAUCGCAAUCAGGCACAUCCUAAGGCCAAGGUAGCUCCGCCACGAUUGGGUGGCGAGCGAGUCGGCGUUUUCUCCACCCGCUCACCGCAUCGUCCAUGCCCCAUUGGGUUGUCUUUGGUGGAAAUUGAAAAGAUUACAGGAUCGAGCAUAAGCUUCUUCGGCACUGAUAUGGUCGAUGGCACUCCCGUUCUGGACAUAAAGCCCUACAUUCCAUAUUAUGAUGCUCCGGUCUUAAGCCAAGAUUCGGGUCCUAGUUCUGCUGGACCGCAUGAAACUAGUGUGGAUUUCUAUGAUUCCCGUCAAGAGCCCGAUGGCGAAGAGUCCGACCUGGAGCUGUACGGUGCUGCUGGCUUUACGGUUAACAAUUUGGAUACAGAUGCUGCCAACAUAGUGCCGCUGCCAAGCGCUGUUCGUGUUCCCAACUGGGUGGUGGCCAGUCAUCGUCUCAUUGUCUGCUUCAAUGAGCAUGCCGAGGCCCAGCUAAAUGAGUUACAGGUGGAGAAGCAAUGCAUUGUGGACAUCCUGGAGGCAGAUCCUCGUUCCGUUUAUUUACGCACAAAAUAUGGCUCCCAAAUCUUUACAUUUCAACUAAGCGAGGUCACAGUUACCUGCAAAUUUGAUGAUAAGGCCUCCACUGUGACUGUGGUCCAAGUGCGACGCAAUGAAAAUAUCCAAGUCUCAGGCUUGGAGGGCGCUACUUAAGAUGAUUUUAAUUUUGUGGGCUCUUAGCUCUUAAGUUGUUCAAUGUUAAUGAGAUGGUUAUAUAUGCGAUAUUAAAUAUAUGUGUAUAUUGGAGGCUUGUUGUCUAAAUGCAA